AUGGAAGACAAGGACGAUGACUUCUUCUCGGAUGAUGGCCUCGAGGAUCUGCCUCCCAGUACAUUAUUGCAGCUGGAACAGAACGCGUAUCUAGCUACACAGGCGCAACGACCAGCGCAACCAGAAUCUCCUAUUUACACUGCUUUUGCUCCUCAUGCGCAAGCCAAUCGACCGUCUCGAGUCGCAGAGUCCCGGUCAACGCCUAUCAAUGCUACACUGAAACCACCUGCGCGUUUACACACCGGCCUGACGAACGAUUACGAUUCUCUGGAUGUGGGUGAAUUGGACGCGGAGGUGCUCGAUGAUGAUACUGGAUUGCCUGUUGCGCUGGAUCAGCCGCCUGCUUCGGCAGGACAGGCUGUUCCUCUUCGCAACGAGUCUGCCUUAGAGCCCAUGGACAUUGAAGAAGGACUGGAGAACCCGUACCAAACCAAUCUUUACGAGUCUUACAACGUGCUUGAGGACAAGUUGCGCUUAGAAGAUGAACGACUCAAACAGAUGACGGAAGAGCUGGCGGCUGCAAAAUCGCUGGCCGAGACGAAAGCGGGAGAAAUUGCAAUUAUCCGAGCGAACCAAGCGAAACUGGUCGAGAACUAUGAUCGACAACUGGCUGCUUUGCGCAAGGCCAUUGCGGAAGAGACAGCCAAGCAUAAGGAGGAGGUAGAGGCAGCUCGGGCCGAAGGCAAGCUGCUGGCCACAGAAAAUGCGUUUCUCAAACAAGACCUAGCCGAAGAGACCAUGCGAAUCAACAAUAUGAAGGCAAAGAGCAAGGCGGAGGACAAAGCGCCGCCCGUAACGCCCAAGAAGACCAGAGUACUGCCUUUUCGCGAUGGAUUCGACGAUGAUGAAAUCAUGGCCAUUUCGCCGAGCAAGUCCGCGAAAUCGAAACGUACGACUCCCACGGGGCCUGGGAAGAAGAAAAGGAAGCUCGACCCGGGCAGUCCGACACCUCUGCCACUAAGUCAACCGGCAGAGCUUGUAGGUGAGCCGCCUGAGGACUUAUUGGACGAUGCGAUGAUGGAUGAUGCGAUGGUCGAUGACCCAGUCCCGCGCAAAGAGGACCGGAAUGCAGAGCUCAUGAAAUUCAUCCUCAACCACAAAACGUACCCCAACGAAGAAUGCGAUAUCGAGGUAUUAUCGCAACUGGCAUUUCCCUCGGAACCGCGACGAAAGCUGUCUACGAUCAUCCUUGAGGAGACAGCAAGAUUACACUCGGGCAACUAUGUGGUGGAAUAUGCACAAGUCAUUGCUUCGCUAUGGUCCCGGGCCCUAAAGGAGAAGUUCUUCAAGCCGGUGCCGAUGUUCAUGGAGAUUACCCACCACCUGUUAGCAUUGGAUGCACCGUCUUGUGUCCCGGACAUGAUCGACGAUCUUGUACCAGUACUACAAGAGUCUGGAGAUAUCAAUGGAAUCCCUCGUUUCAGAAACUCGCCCGUGUCGCGUCAGAACCUCGGCCAGAUUCGGCAAACGCCGCUGUCCCAACUUGAAGCCCUUGUGGAUUCGACCGAAGCGCUAAGUCUGUUGUACCGCAUGGCAUAUCUGUGUAUACACAUGGAGCGGACGAUGGCGAAGUUCUGGCGGUACAUGCGCUACGACUUCGUCCUGAUGAUGCUGAAUUGCUCACAACCUAUUCGAGACAUCACUUUAAUGCUGAACCUGCUAUCGACGAGCAUCCGAGCGGAGUCCUUUGGAUCGGUCCAGGAGACCCAGCAAGAUCAGCUUGCCAAUGAGAAUUACAUUGUCGACCGUGUGGCCAACCUUUUGAGUGAGACACCACAGCCGGAUGAAGGGCAGCCUCCUUACACAGCUGCAGACAUCUGCGGCAUGCGCUUGCAGGCAAUGUAUUUCCUCACGUCGGUAGCUUUCAAUCCAGUCGCGCCGGCCAGUGAGCACGGCAGCUCCGUCAUUGCACAGCAUCCAACGGUACUCGCGCGGAUGAUACGAGCCAUGCAUGACGAACUCGAUGCGCUCUAUACGUACCCGCCGGAGCGAGAUCUCCAUGCGUCCAUGGUCAACGGCCUCAUGCGCUUGGUCUACGGGGUGCUCCGUCGUCACAAGAACGUGGAUCUGCAAUCGAAAUUGUGUCGAGUCGCAGGUGGGAAGCAAAAGUUUCUAGUGGUGUUGACACGGUUGGCGUUCAGCGAAGGACCGAUACUCGAGGGCGGCAUCGAUGAUGAGACGGUGGAGAUGGCCCAUGAGAUCCUCGAUGAUGCCGUCAACCCUCAAGAAGCAGAAGCGCUCUUGGAGGCAUUUCCCAGUGCAAAGCGAGAUGAUUGA